AUGGGAAACUUGCCAAAACAAAGAGUAAUACUUGAGAGACCAUUUUUUAGCACAGGUAUUGAUUAUGCCGGUCCUGUAAUUUUGAAAUGUUACAAAGGUAGUUGCUUUAAGACUACUAAAGGUUAUAUAGCUUUGUUUGUAUGUCUAGCUACCAAAGCUUACCAUAUUGAGGUAGUUAGCGACUUAACUGCAGAUUCUUUCAUUGCUGCUCUUAGGCGAUUUGUAUCGAGGCGUGGUACACCUCGAUACUUAUUUUCGGAUAAUGGUACGAACUUUGUUGGCGCAAAAAGAAAAUUGUCCGAAUUGCAAACUCUGCUACUUUCACUUAACAGCAAUGAAUUGAUUUUAAAUUAUUUGGCUGAAAAUACUGUGGAAUGGAAAAUGAUUCCACCUGCUUCUCCCCACUUUGGUGGUUUGUGGGAGUUAACAUUUGAAGAAUUAACUACUUUACUAACUCAAAUUGAAGCUGUGUUAAAUUCACGCCCCUUAUCUAAAACUAAUCACAAUGAUGUAGGUAAUUUAGAUGCUUUGACUCCAUCACAUUUUUUAACUGGGGAUGUUCUUACUAGCAUCCCAGAACAGGAUUUUUCUAAUAUUCCCAAACCCACUUUAUUAAAACGAUGGGAAUUAUUACAGCAAAUGAAACAAGGCUUUUGGAAGAG